AUGGCGAACAAGACCGACCCGCUCGCCGCCAGCGUGCAUGGCACAAACCCUCAGUUUCUGGUGGAGAAGAUCCUGAGGCAGAAGAUCUACGACGACAACUACUGGAAGGAACAUCUCUUCGGCCUGACGGCCGAGACCAUAGUGGAUCGCGCGAUGGAGCUGGAUCAUAUAGGUGGAACCUUCGGAGGAAACAACAAGCCAACUGUGUUCAUUCAGUUGGUUCUUAAACUCUUGCAGCUUCAACCUGAGAAAGAGAUUGUUCUGGAAUUCAUCAGGAACGAAGAGUUCAAGUACGUCAGAGCCCUCGGAGCCUUCUACCUCCGCCUCACUGGAAGGGCGUUGGACAUUUAUCAAUACCUUGAGCCUCUUCUCAACGAUUACAGAAAACUUCGUGUCAUCUCUGUGAUGUACAUGGAUGUCUUUAUCGAUCAGCUUCUACGAGAUCCGAUGGUUCUUGACGUCGCUCUCCCCACGCUCCCAAAACGGCUGAACCUGGAAGAUCUUAAACUGGUUGAUCCUUAUUCAAGUCUUUCAUCUUGA